AUGAUCGAGUUACUGUCUGUUUUCGGCAACGAAGCGCCACAUCAGUCGACGAUUUCCCGUUGGUAUAAAGAAUUCAAACGUGGACGGGUGAGGGUGGGUGCACCAAAAACGGCAGUCACCCAGGAAAACGUCGAUGCUGUGCGCAAACUCAUCAUUGAAGAUAGACAUAUCUCAAAGACCUCAAUUCAAAAAAAUUUACAUGAAGAAUUAGGAGUAAGAAAAUUAGUUUCUCGUUGGAUACCCCACCUAUUGACUGAAGAGCAGAAAACAGCCAGGGUUAAUUGUGCUGAUGAAUCGUGGAUUUACUGUUAUGAACCAGAAAAUAAACGACAGUCGGCUGUUUGGAUGUUCCAAGGUGAAGAAAAGCCAACAAAAGUCAUCCGUUCUCGAAGUGUUUCGAAAAAGAUGGUCGCGACAUUUGUGUCAAAAGCAGGUCAUAUUGCAACAAUUCCUCUUAAUGAGCAAAGGACUGUUACUGCGGAUGGGUAUACCAGCAUUUGUUUGACAAAAGUCGUCACCGAGCUUCGAAAAAUCAACCGCGAAAGAAGAAUCAUCCUCCACCAAGACAGUGCAAGCUCGCACACAGCCCAAAAAACAAGGCAGUAUUUAACGAAAGAAAACGUAGAAUUAUUGGACCAUCCUCCAUAUAGUCCCGAUCUAAGUCCUAACGAUUUCUUUACUCUCUCGAAAAUUAAAAACAGACUGCGUGGUCAAAGGUUCCAGUCACCAGAAGAAGCAGUUGACGCAUUCAAAAAUGCCGUUUUGGAUCUGCCAGCAGACGAGUGGAAUAAGUGCUUCGAAAAUUGGUUCGAGCGCAUGCAGAUAUCAUAG